AUGGAAGAAGAGAAACUGAGGAGAAGCAAUAUUGUGGCCCAUGAAAUAAUUUUGACUCUUCCUGAAUAUGAAGAUCCUGUGAAUAUUUCAGGAUUUUGGGAAACAUCUGUAAAUAUUACUGACCCUUUGGAAAGAUCUGCUACUCCGUCUGGACAACUCUUUCAUAAUUUAACACGAAAUAUUAUAACCAGCUUCACUAUUGUUAGUUGUAUUUUGGGCCUGGUAGGAAAUGGGAGGACAAUUUAUCUUCUGGCUUAUUCCAUUAAGAGGAAUUCUUUCACCACUUACAUCCUGAAUCUCUCCAUUGCUGAUUUUGGGGUGCUCAUAUCCCUCAUUAUUGCAGUUAUAUUUGUGGGUUUGUCAAUUCUAUUUGCAAGAACUUACAUUCUCUAUACCUUUUUCUUCCUAUUUUUUGAGCUCUUUUUCUUCACCUAUUCUGCUAGCCAGUUUCUGCUGACAGCCAUCAGCCUGGACAGGUGUGUGGCUGUGCUCUUCCCUCUCUGGCAUCGCUGCCAUCGUCCGCCAUACUUGUCUGGCCUUGUUUGUGGCGUCAUAUGGACCCUCUCCUUCCUGCUCUCUGCAGUGCACUUCAUUCUCCACCAGGCCAGGAGCUUUGGAAGUUCACCUUUGCUUUACCAGCUUAUUGUGAAUGGUUUACUUUGUACACCUCUCAUGGUUGUGUCCACUGUGACCCUCUUGAUCUAUGUGGGCUCUAAAGCACAACGCAAUCAAAGGAAGCUGCUCACCACCCUCUUGCUGGCUCUGCUUUUCUUCCUCCUUUUUUCUUUCCCAAUGGAUGCCUUUUAUGUGAUACAAUAUUUUGGUUCCCCUCAUCCCGUUCUCAUGGCCAUUGGCAUAGGAUGUGCCUCCCUCAACAGCAGCAUCAACCCACUCCUUUAUUUCUUAGUUGGGAGGAAGCAGGCAGGAAAGGCUCUGCCCAGGGCCUCUCUGAAGGAUGCCCUGCAAAGAGUUUUCAAGGAUGAGCAGGGCAACCCGGAAGAGCAGAAAACCAUGAAGGAAGACCAGUUGUGA